GUGGCCAAGGCGGUGUCACAGGCUCUGAGCCGCUGUGUCAACUGCCUGCCGGGGCAGCGGGAUGUGGAUGCUGCCAUCCGCACGGUGGGAGAGGCCAGCAAGAGGCUUCUCACAGAUUCGUUCCCUCCCAGCACCAAGAGCUUCCAGGAGGCGCAGAGCCAGCUGAACCAGGCGGCUGCGGGACUCAACCAGUCCGCCAACGAGCUGGUGCAGGCGUCGCGUGGCACCCCUCAAGACCUGGCCAAGUCCUCUGGCAAAUUUGGGCAGGACUUCAAUGAGUUCCUGCGGGCAGGAGUGGAGAUGGCCAGCCAGUCUCCGAAUAAGGAAGACCAGGCACAGGUGGUGUCGAACUUGAAGAGCAUCUCCAUGUCCUCCAGCAAGCUGCUGCUGGCUGCAAAGGCGCUCUCCGCCGACCCCACGGCCCCCAACCUCAAGAAUCAGCUGGCGGCAGCAGCACGGGCCGUGACUGACAGCAUUAACCAGCUGAUCACCAUGUGCACCCAGCAGGCGCCGGGCCAGAAGGAGUGUGACAACGCCCUGCGGGAGCUGGAGACUGUGAAGGAGCUGUUGGAGAACCCCACCCAGACUGUCAACGACAUGUCCUACUUCAACUGCCUCGACAGCGUCAUGGAGAACUCCAAGGUGCUGGGCGAGUCCAUGGCUGGCAUCUCCCAGAACGCCAAGAACAGCAAACUGCCCGAGUUUGGCGAUUCCAUCAGUGCCGCCUCCAAAGCUCUCUGCGGGCUGACGGAGGCAGCUGCCCAGGCUGCCUACCUUGUUGGGGUCUCAGACCCCAACAGCCAGGCUGGACAGCAGGGCUUGGUAGACCCCACUCAGUUUGCCAGAGCUAACCAAGCCAUCCAGAUGGCCUGCCAGAACCUGGUGGACCCUGCCUGCACCCAGUCCCAGGUGCUGUCAGCAGCCACCAUUGUAGCGAAGCACACCUCGGCCCUGUGCAACACAUGCCGCCUGGCCUCCUCCCGCACUGCCAACCCUGUGGCCAAGCGCCAGUUUGUCCAGUCAGCCAAGGAGGUGGCCAACAGCACGGCCAACCUGGUGAAGACCAUCAAGGCUCUGGAUGGCGAGUUCAACGAGGAGAACCGGGAGCGGUGCCGUGCCGCCACUGCCCCUCUCAUAGAGGCUGUGGAUAACCUAACGGCCUUUGCCUCCAACCCGGAGUUUGCCACUGUUCCUGCCCAGAUCAGCCCGGAGGGGCGCAGAGCCAUGGAGCCCAUUGUGUCUUCAGCCAAGACCAUGCUGGAGAGCUCUGCUGGCCUCAUCCAGACUGCCCGCUCUCUGGCUGUCAACCCCAAGGACCCACCGCAGUGGUCGGUGCUGGCUGGCCACUCUCGCACUGUCUCGGACUCCAUCAAGAAACUGAUCACCAACAUGAGGGACAAAGCUCCAGGACAGCGGGAGUGUGAUGAGGCCAUUGAGGUCCUGAACAGAUGCAUGCGGGAGGUGGACCAGGCCUCCCUCGCUGCCAUCAGCCAGCAGCUGGCCCCCCGAGAAGAUAUCUCCCAGGAGGCUUUGCACAACCAGAUGAUCACGGCUGUCCAGGAGAUCAGCAACCUGAUUGAGCCCGUGGCCAGCGCGGCACGGGCCGAGGCCUCGCAGCUGGGGCACAAGGUGUCCCAGAUGGCUCAGUACUUUGAGCCACUCAUUAUGGCAGCUAUUGGCGCUGCCUCCAAAACACCCAACCACCAGCAGCAGAUGAACCUCCUGGACCAGACCAAAACACUGGCCGAGUCUGCCCUGCAGAUGCUGUACACGGCCAAGGAGGCUGGUGGGAACCCCAAGCAAGCUGCCCACACACAGGAGGCACUGGAGGAGGCCGUGCAGAUGAUGAAGGAAGCGGUGGAGGACCUGACCACCACCCUGAAUGAGGCAGCCAGUGCUGCAGGUGUUGUGGGGGGCAUGGUGGACUCCAUCACCCAGGCCAUCAACCAGCUGGACGAGGGGCCGAUGGGCGAGCCAGAGGGGACCUUUGUGGACUACCAGACCACGAUGGUGAAGACGGCCAAGGCCAUCGCAGUGACUGUGCAGGAGAUGGUCACCAAAUCCACCACCAACCCGGACGAGCUGGGCAUACUGGCUAACCAACUCACCAAUGACUAUGGGCAGCUGGCACAAGAGGCCAAGCCAGCUGCGCUCACCGCUGAGAACGAGGAGAUCGGCUCCCACAUCAAGCGCCGGGUGCAGGAGCUGGGUCAUGGCUGCGCCGCCCUGGUCACCAAAGCUGGAGCCCUGCAGUGCAGCCCCAACGAUGCCUACACCAAGAAGGAGCUGAUAGAGAGUGCGCGCAAGGUUUCUGAGAAGGUGUCUCACGUGCUGGCAGCCCUGCAGGCUGGGAACCGCGGGACGCAAGCCUGCAUCACAGCAGCCAGCGCCGUCUCUGGCAUCAUUGCUGACCUCGACACCACCAUCAUGUUUGCCACGGCAGGAACCCUCAACCGGGAGAACUCGGAGACCUUUGCUGACCACAGGGAGGGCAUCUUGAAGACAGCCAAGGCGCUGGUGGAGGACACCAAGGUGCUGGUGCAGAACGCCACGGCCAGCCAGGAGAAGCUAGCCCAGGCUGCCCAGUCCUCUGUGUCCACCAUCACCCGCCUGGCAGAGGUGGUGAAACUGGGUGCAGCCAGCCUGGGAUCUGAAGACCCAGAGACUCAGGUAGUGCUGAUCAAUGCUGUGAAGGAUGUCGCCAAGGCACUCGGGGACCUGAUCGGUGCCACCAAGGCAGCUGCUGGCAAAGCUGGGGAUGACCCUGCUGUCUACCAGCUGAAGAACUCUGCCAAGGUGAUGGUGACGAAUGUCACUUCCUUGCUGAAGACAGUGAAGGCUGUUGAGGACGAGGCCACGAAGGGGACGAGGGCGCUGGAGGCCACGAUAGAGCACAUACGCCAAGAGCUGGCAGUCUUCUCCUCCCCGGUGCCUCCUGCCAAGGUCUCCACCCCGGAGGACUUCAUCCGUAUGACAAAAGGCAUCACAAUGGCCACAGCCAAAGCGGUGGCCGCUGGCAACUCGUGUCGGCAGGAGGAUGUCAUCGCAACAGCCAACCUAAGCCGCCGUGCCAUCGCAGAUAUGCUGCGUGCCUGCAAGGAAGCCGCCUACCACCCGGAGGUGAGCGGGGAUGUGCGGCAGCGGGCGCUGCGCUUCGGCAAGGAGUGUGCUGAUGGCUACCUGGAGCUGCUGGAGCACGUGCUGGUGAUCCUGCAAAAGCCAACUCACGAGCUGAAGCAGCAGCUGGCAGGCUACUCCAAGCGUGUGGCCAGCUCUGUCACCGAGCUCAUCCAGGCAGCUGAGGCCAUGAAAGGGACGGAGUGGGUUGACCCAGAAGACCCCACCGUCAUUGCUGAGAACGAGCUGCUGGGAGCAGCAGCUGCCAUUGAGGCUGCAGCCAAGAAGCUGGAGCAGCUGAAACCAAGAGCCAAGCCCAAGCAAGCAGAUGAGAGCCUGAACUUCGAGGAGCAGAUCCUGGAAGCUGCCAAGUCCAUUGCUGCAGCCACAAGUGCGCUGGUGAAGGCAGCCUCAGCGGCCCAGCGAGAAUUGGUGGCCCAAGGAAAGGUAAGGGUGGGCCCCUCCCCCGCCAAUGCAGUGGAUGAUGGACAGUGGUCCCAGGGACUCAUUUCAGCCGUGACCUCUCUCGCCGCAGGCACGCAUGGUGGCUGCUGGCACCGGGGUAAAGCCGCCAAUGCAGCGGUGCAGGGCCAUGCCAGCGAAGAGAAGCUCAUCUCGUCUGCCAAGCAGGUGGCUGCCUCCACAGCACAGCUUCUGGUGGCCUGCAAGGUGAAGGCUGACCAUGACUCGGAGGCCAUGAAGCGGCUCCAGGCCGCCGGCAACGCAGUGAAGAGAGCGUCGGACAAUCUGGUGAAGGCAGCGCAGAAGGCCGCUGCCUUCCAGGACCACGAUGAGACGGUGGUGGUGAAGGAGAAGAUGGUUGGAGGGAUUGCACAGAUCAUCGCCGCCCAGGAGGAGAUGCUGCGCAAGGAGCGGGAGCUGGAGGAGGCGCGGAAGAAGCUGGCCAUGAUCCGGCAGCAGCAGUACAAGUUCCUGCCCUCGGAGCUGCGGGACGAGGACCAGAACUGA